CGGGAACGCCUGGAGCCCGGCCGCGCCAUUCCGGGAUCUGUCUGCUGAGAGUGGCCGCUGUCUGCGCGUCCGUCAGGCGCUGCCCCGCGCGCCGGCUCUGGGAGGUCGGGAUAAUGAGCCGCAUCUACCGCGACAGCGCCCUCCGGAACAAGGCGGUGCAGAGCGCGCGGCUGCCCGGGUCCUGGGACCCCGCCGCCCACCAGGGGGGAAACGGCAUCCUGCUGGAGGGAGAACUGGUCGAUGUAUCUCGGCACAGCAUCCUGGACGCCCAUGGCAGGAAGGAGCGCUACUACGUGCUGUAUAUCCAACCCAGUCGUAUCCAUCGCCGCAAAUUUGACUCCAAGGGAAAUGAAGUUGAGCCCAACUUCAGCACCACCAGGAAGGUGAACACGGGCUUCCUCAUGUCAUCCUACAAGCUGGAAGCCAAAGGGGACAGCGACACGCUCACGCCCGAGGCUCUGAAGGGGCUGGUGAAUAAGCCAGAGCUGUUGGCGUUGACAGAGAGCUUCACCCCCAAGCACACAGUGGCAUUCUGGAUGCCUGAGGUGGAGAUGGAAGCAAUGGAGCUCAAGCUGGGGACUGGUGUACGGCUGAAAACUCGGGGUGAUGGCCCCUUCCUAGAUUCAAUAGCCAAACUUGAGGCUGGAACAGUGACCAAGUGUAAUUUCGCUGGUGAUGGAAAGACAGGGGCGUCCUGGACAGACAACAUCAUGGCCCAAAAAUCUUCAGAGGGGGCCACAGUGGAGCUCCGAGAGCAGGGGGAUGGGGCAGAGGAUGAGGAGUGGGAUGACUGAGGUUAGAGGGAUGAGGACACCUCCAGGCCUGCCAGCACCUUCCGUGCACGGUUGGGAAUUUCUUCCACUGACUUCCACUCUGGAGCUGGAGAGAGCAGUCCACCAAGCCUUACCUGCUUCUUCCCUACAGCUGCUAUGAAUACUCUUUGCACAAGAUCUGCUAAAACCAGAUAGAAGACCACAACGGUGGCGGUAGGGCUCCAUGCUGUGGCUCAUGGAGACCACUCCCUAGAUGCAAAUCUAGUCCUCCUAGACAUUUUCAUGAUGCCCUGUGCCCUGCAUGGCAGCCUGUUUCUUGUCCCAGAGGCAGGAGGUGGGCAAGUCCCCCAGGGCACGUGGUCUUGGUGCAGAAUUGGGAACUAUCCAUUGUCUAAACGGAGAGUGGCUCAGAGGAGAAGUUAGCAGGGCUCCUUCCUCUGUUUCGUUUCCUGCUUUCCUCCCACGCCCACCACCCUCCCCCGCACACUGACUUGUAGCCUCUGCUCUCCGGCUUCAAGCCUCCUUGGUCCCUGUAUCUCCCCCGUCCCCAGUUGCCAGUUCUUUAUUCCUCCUCUGGCCCCAUGCUGCUGGGGGUUUCCUGUCUUCCACCCUCCCUGGCUGCUUUCCUGGUGGAUGCUGACCCCAGGGAGGCCAACCGUGUUGACAGGUGUGGCUGGCUGCUCCACAUCUCUCAGACGCACUCUGCCAGGCCACAUUAUUGAAAACACCUUUUUCAUUGUCGUUUUGUACCUUGAGAACUUUUUAUGAAUGAGUAAAUCAUCAGAAAAGAAUUCCUCCA